CGGUGAUGACAGACUUGAAACGGAGACGAGCCAGGGUGGCGUUGGCUCACGGGCAUCGGGCCCUGCCCCCUUUUCAGCUUCUCUUCUCUUAUCUUCUCUUCUUCUCAUUGCGCCCAAACCGACCUAAAACUAAAAGAUUUAUUUAUAGAAAGAAAGCGAGAGAAGAAGCCCCCCUCUCUCUUUUUUUUUGGAAGAGAGAGGGAGGAAGGACUAGGGUUAGUGAUCCUUCUCCUUUCCCCUCACGGUCCUCGCUUCGCCGCGCCGAUGGAGUUUUGGCGCUUCCCCGACGACAACGUCGCGAACCUUGUGGAGAGUCGUCGGAUCGACUCCCGCCCGGAUGUAAACUGCAGAUUGCAAUUACACUCAUCCUUGAUACAAAGGCUUGCCUUGGAGGAAGUUAUGGAGGGCCAUCAAGGUUGUGUUAAUGCAAUUGCUUGGAACUCAAAAGGCUCUCUUCUAAUAUCUGGAUCAGAUGAUACAAGAAUUAAUAUAUGGAGCUACAACAACCAGAGACUUUUGCAUAGUAUUGAAACUGGGCAUUCCACCAACAUUUUUUGCACAAAAUUUGUUCCAGAGACAUCUGAUGAACUUGUUGUGUCGGGGGCAGGAGAUGCGGAGGUUCGGCUUUUUAAUAUAUCUCGUUUAAGUGGGAAAAGUUCUGAAGAAAUUGCUCUAGAACCUGCAGCAUUGUACCGGUGUCACUCAAGGAGGGUCAAGAAGCUAGCUGUUGAAGUUGGAAAUCCUAAUGUUGUGUGGAGUGCGAGUGAGGAUGGGACUUUAAGACAGCAUGACUUUCGUGAAGGUGUUUCAUGCCCGCCUGCUGGAUCUUCAAAUCAGGAAUGUCGUAACGUACUUCUUGAUCUUAGGUGUGGGGCAAAGAAAUCAUUUGCUGAUUCUCCUAAGCAGUGUCUGGCAUUGAAGUCUUGUGACAUCAGUUCCACUCGUCCCCAUCAACUCCUUGUUGGUGGCAGUGAUGCGUUUGCACGGUUGUAUGAUCGGAGAAUGCUUUCACCUUUGAGCUCUUGCCAGAUGAAAACGAAGCCACCUCCUUGUGUUAAUUAUUUUUGUCCAAUGCAUCUUUCUGAGCGUAGAAAGUCAAGCUUGCACCUGACACAUGUAACAUUCAGCCCAAACGGUGAAGAGGUGCUCUUGAGUUAUAGCGGCGAACAUGUUUACUUAAUGGAUGUUAACUGUGAUGGUCAGGGCAGUAUGAGAUACACUGUGGAUGAUGUUCCAAAGCAAUUGUAUAUAGCUCCUUUACUUAAAGAAACAAAAGUACCUUCGGCACCAGCAGGUUCCUCGGACAACUUGCCUGAAAGAAAAUAUGAUUUGAGGAGGCUUGACAUGUGCAAGAAAAUGGUUCAAGAAGCAGCAAAAGCAUUGGAGGAUGGCUCAAACUUAUUUUAUGGAAUCGAAGCGUGUAAUGAAGUACUGGACGGAAAAGGUCCUAAGAUUGGCCUUGCAUUGGGACAUGAAUGCUUGUGUAUUCGAGCAGCAUUGCUUCUUAAGAGGAAGUGGAAAAAUGAUGUUCACAUGGCUAUAAGGGAUUGCAACAAGGCUCGAUUUAUAGAUGUUUCAUCAUUUAAGGCGCACUAUUACAUGUCCGAAGCACUUCUCCAGUUAGGGAAAAAUAAAGAAGCUUUAGGGUAUGCAGAAGCUGCUCAUAAUUUAGCUCCAUCUAACUCUGAUGCUGCUCAAAUGGUAGAGCAAAUAAAAGAUUGUCUUGCUGCAGCUGAAGCCGAGAAAAGCAAAAGGGACAAUGAAGAAACAACUAAGAGUGAAGUGCGACAUGGAAGGUUAAGAUCCUUGGGUGAUGUACUCAUCCGGUCAGAGCUGAGUAGCCCAUCUCAAGAGGGUCGGUAUGAUAGAGAGGGAUCUGAUGAUGAGGAAGAAAUGGAGCUGGACUUUGAAACAUCAAUAUCAGGAGAUGGGGGUCGUGACAAUGAGUCAAACAUUCUUCGAGGAAGUUUCAAUUUGAGGUUUCAUCGAAGAGAUGACUCAGUAAGAGAAAACUGCAGUACGGAUGGUUCAUAUGGAUCUCCUUCGUCUUCCUCUCAACACGAAAAUUCUUCUUAUCAGGCUGAAGUUGCGAUUGAUAUGAAACAAAGAUUUAUUGGCCACUGCAAUGUGGGGACAGAUAUAAAGCAAGCAAGCUUUCUUGGCCAACAAGGAGAGUUUGUUGCUAGUGGAAGUGAUGAUGGAAGGUGGUUUAUUUGGGAGAAGAGAACAGGAAGGCUUGUUAAAAUGCUUGCCGGAGAUGAAACUGUUGUGAACUGUGUACAGUGUCAUCCAUUUGAUUGUGCUGUUGCAACUAGUGGAAUUGAUAACACAAUUAAGAUGUGGACACCACAUGCAGAAGUUCCAUCGAUGGUCGCAGGAGGAACAACAGGAGCAGAGACUGCAGAUGUGUUAAGUGCUAUAGAAAACAAUCAGCGCAAAUUGUGCCACAACCAUGAAGAUGUGCUGACUAAAAAAUACAAAGCUUUGACUGUUCAUAAUUUAAGCUGCUUGAGAAAAGAAUGGGAGCGACGUGGUACCUGAGAUUGCUGCAGUGGGAUACAAGCAUCCACGCAAUGGGGUUUGACAUGUUGACCAUAUGCGUCGCAUCAUAGGGGCUGAUUGCGUCACCACCGGUCAUGUUACAAGAAAAUCCCGAGGUUUGGAAUUUGGAGUCGUUCUCGUACAUCGAGUGUUCCGUGUUCAAUAAACGUCGUCAUGAUGUUUUUGUGGGCAUAUUUUCCACCUGUUGGUAUCUUUUCCAUGUACACGUAGAUUUAUGUUUUGGGGACCAUCAGUGCUUUCAAGACUAUCAUUUCAGUGUUAGAACCAGCUCAAACCCUUGUACAAACAAUUGUCAAAGAACAGAAUAUAAUAUUUAUGUCAUUCUUUAACACAAG